AUCAACAGAAAAAGUCUCCCCGCAGUCAAGAUAGCAUUGGGAGAGAAGAAAUGGAAAGGGCGGGCGAGAAGGAUUUUCCUACCUUGGGUUAAAACGUUUUGCUGCACGGUGCGCGGGUCACUUAUAGUCAAAGAUAAGGAGGCAGUCACUCCCUGGGGAGAUUGUUAGCGUUCUUGGCCCCUCAAACACCUCGUCUGACAAAUCCGUUCGACUAGCUACAAGCGCCAGAUGGCAUUACAGUGGAGGGGCUAGAGCCAACCUGGCUCAUGCCUGGCACAAGCUUGCGCCAAACUGUCCCAAGUAUGAGCCGGGGAAGUGUGCUGCUAGGGAAGUAUUUAAAUACAAAUACAGCCUAAUGGGGGGUAGUGAAAGUGGUGUAUACAUUUCUAGGCUCUCCACCGCGAGCUUUCGCUCCACAUGCUCUGACCGGCCGGAAAUGAGUCUCUAAGGCCCCUGGUCGACAUUUAAUAGUCAGGAGCGCCGUCGAAGAGCUGUCUUCAACCAUGGCGGCGCCCACCUUCGCGGCCGCCGACUACGUGGUACUCGUCGGGUUCCUCCUGCUGUCCAUGUCUAUCGGCGUGUACUUCGCCUGGGCCGACCGCCGUCGACAGUCCAACAGAAUCUUCCUGACGGCCAACAAGCAGCUUGGGUGGUUUCCUGUCUCGGUCUCUAUGAUGGCUAGUUUUCUAUCUUCCAACGGAAUUCUGGGCCUUCCCGCCGAAGUGUUCCUGCACGGUUCUACACUCUGGAUUGGCACGCUGUCAUCAACAAUCGCCAUAUUGCUCGCGGCCGUUUUCUUCAUGCCCAUGUACUACAAGAUGGAUAUAACUAGUAUCAACGAGUAUCUGGUGCUCAGAUUCAAGUCAGCCGCGGUCAAGAAUGUUGCGUGUGGCAUCUUCAUACUCUGCAUGCUUCUAUACACAGGUGUGGUGCUCUAUGGCCCGUCACUGGCACUUGGAUCAGUGACCAGAAUUCCCGUCUGGGCCUCUAUCCUUCUGAACGGCCUCGUGUGUACCUUGUACACCUCAAUAGGAGGCAUCAAGGCUGUCGUUUGGACUGACGUAGUCCAGAUGGUGCUGAUCUUGGUUGGCUACGUCAUGGUUAUCGCAUCUGGACUCUAUCACAUCGGUGGUAUCAACAAAGCAUGGGAAAUUGGUGAAAGAGGUGGCCGGAUGAAUUUUCUAAAUUUUAGCGUUAGUCCAUAUGAUACUUUCACAAGUUGGAAUAUCCUCUUUUGUUGGACGGUGCUCUGGAUGUCUAGCUACUGCGCCAGCCAGACUCAGGUUCAGCGUUACACUAGCAUUGCUUCACUCAAGGAUGCCAGAAAGGCACUCCUGUUGAACAUUCCCGGAGUUUCAGUUACGUUAUUAUUAUCUAUAAUUUCCGGCAUUGUCCUGUUUGCCGUCUACAGUGACUGUGAUCCAAGACUCACCGGUGACAUAAAAAAGGCUGACGAGCUCAUGCCCUACAUUGUUCAAGACCUGCUCAGGGAUUAUCCUGGAUUAAGCGGCACCCUCGUCGCUUCAGUGUUUAGUGGAUCACUCAGUACGCUAUCAUCGGCAUACAACGCCCUGGCCGCUGUGACGUGGCACGACUUCAUUCAACCUCGAGUAAAGCUAUCCGAGGAGAAGGCCGUUCUCACCACUAAAUGUAUCGCUGCUGCCUACGGUCUUCUGUCCAUAUCCGUUGCAUUUUUGUCCGGAACUCUGCCGUCCAUUGUGCAGGCAACCACUAGCCUCGUGGGCGCCAUGUCUGGACCUCUUCUCGCCAUCUUCCUCCUUGGAAUCUUUUUUCCUUUCUGUAAGAAAAAGGGUGUGAUUACGGGCGCCUUGGUAGGCGUGUUCCUGGCCUCGUGGCACGCCUUGGGCUCCAUCGCCUACCCACGGACAGCUAGCGGACUGCCAACGUCGACAGCGAGCUGCCUGGAAUUCAAUCAGACGCUCACCUUCGGGUCUUUUGAAGCACCGCCAGUACCGAACGGCAUCCUCAUGUUCUACCACAUCUCGUAUCUUUGGACCGGCAGCAUUGGUUUUUUGUCCUCCAUCCUCGUGGGACUCGCCGUCAGCCUCAUCUUCGAGCGAGAUGACACGGACAAAGUGGACCCGAAGCACAUAUGUCCAUUUUCCCGGAGGUUCAUGGACAACUACGACGCCACUAAGACGGCCAAAGUGUCGGAAAAUAUUUGCAUGGAUGAACACGAGCUGAAAAAACUCAUGGUCGGCGACUGAUGAAGCAAGCAGUUUGUCCCCUAAACAUUACAAAACAGGUUGUUGAACGGAGGCCUUAAAGUUUGGAAGACGCAUAUAUGUAAAUAUCUCGCAAAUGCAUUACAGCUUAGUGGCUGAAGCCACACGACGGCCAUCUUAAAUUCAUCCAAACAUUCGGCAUUCCGGUUGUGCGUGAUAUUUUUAAAUAAUCCGUACCUUCCGUUUGGUAACUUUUAGAGUCGACUUUACGAACACAUUAUAUAGGUUUCGAAUUGUGUUUAAGAUAAUAUUUAAAAUAAGUCAUAUCAGUUGGUCUUUUUGGCUUUAUAUUUCCGUUCUUACUAUAAACGAGUAUUCAACAAAAUAUUUGACUUGAAGGCACAUGGCUGUACGUUUGCAAUCUCUUAUAUUAAAGCGUGUCUUAAAUAUGGCUUUUUGCGAAAAAUAGUGAACUUUUGAGACCUAUAAAUAAUUAUAGAAAUGACAA